AUGCGUGGCUCGGAAGACUUCAACCUACCCAACUACAACGACAUGUGUCGCGAUGCCCUUGAACAGAUCGAUCUCUCAGUUAGGAUGAUUAAGUCGUAUCCGAAAGAUUUCCAGUUUAUCUUUGGCCCUGAGGAAGUUAGGAGCACGUAUCAGUCGGACAAGAUUGCGUGUUCCAUUGGCUUGAAAGGGCUUCAUCAAGCUGGGAACUCUAUCAGCGUUAUCAGGGCGUACCACCAACUCGGCGUCAGAUAUUGUACCAUGACACACGUCGAAAACAACGCCUUCGCGGACGCAUCGACGUCGAAGUCUGUCGAAAUUUCUGACCCCGAGACAGGCAUGAUGGUAGAUCUUUCCCAUGUCUCGGAAGACGCUGCUAAGCAAGCAUUGAGCUGCACAGUAGCGCCAGUCAUCUUCUCUCACAGCAACGCCCGGGCGCUUUUCGACUGUCCACGGAACGUGCCAGAUACCGUGCUUGACCUUGUCCCUGGAAAUGGAGGUAUAUUGAUGGUCACGUUUGUGCCAGAGCACUUGUGUACCAGGCGAUCUGAAGCUACGAUGGAUAUGCUCAUAGACCAUCUCUUCUGCAUUGCUGACCGCAUUGGCUGGGAGCAUGUCGGCUUGGGCUCUGACUUUGAUGGUAUUUAUCAUGACACUCAAAUCGAGUUCGAUUCAUCUGACCAUGUAGCAGGUAUCGCUUCCGUGAUUCCUGGACUGGAAGACUGUUCGACUUUCCCAAAUUUAUUGAAGGCCAUAUUGGACCGUGGAGCAACAGAGGCACAGCUAGCUCAAGUAGCUGGAGAGAACAUCUUGCGUGUGUGGCAGGGCGUUGCUGAUACCACCGCGCGGUUACAGACUGAGGGCAUGGCACCUGUGGAAGAGACGUGGGACCAGAGGAAAUGUUGGAGAUAUGACGGCUUCUAG